ACCGCCCCAGUGGAGCCCUCUGUUACCAAUGCCACAACAAGUUCAACCCGCCCUGCUCAUCAACUGACAAACCAAGCUUUACGAUAGACAUACGUGUACCUUUCUGAACAGACAAUCGUUCAGAGCGCUUCACUCACCCAGUUCGAACUACAACGUCACAACCACCAUGGCCUCAUCCGAUCUAGAUACUCUCGUCGACAUGGGCUUUGAUCGCGAGCGUGCUGAGCUCGCCGUCAAAGUCUCUGGGGGCCUUCAGUCGGCCAUCGACUGGCUCGAGACCAACCAGGAAAAAUCCAUUGACGAGAUCAAGCAAGCGCAAGCCAGCUCUUCUGCCGGAGCUUCAGAUGAACCCCCAGCCCUCCAGCCCGGAGAAGAAGCAAAAUCACUUGUCUGCGAUGAGUGCGGCAAAAAGUUCCGAUCAGUCAACCAAGCUCAAUUCCACGGUGAAAAGACAGGCCACGAGCAGUUCAGCGAGUCGACCGAAGAAAUCACGCCCCUCACAGAAGAAGAAAAGAAGCAGCGGCUACAGGAGCUGCGAGAGAAGUUGGCAGCGAAGCGCGCAAAGAUGUCAGAACAAGACAAGGAGGACCAGAAGAAAAACGAGCAGAUUCGCAUGAAGGCCACAAAGGAGUCGCAAGACAUCAGGGAGGAGUUACAAAAGAAGGAGCGUUUGAAGGAAGCUGCUGCUAAGCGUGCAGAGAAGAAGGCAGAUGAGGAGGCAAGGAAGCGUGUGCUGGCAAAACUCGAGGCAGACAAACAGGAACGUAAGCGCAAGGCCGAGGAAGAAAAGGCAAAGCGUGCCGGUCAGGCUCCCCCUGCUCCAGCCGCACAAGCUCCUCUUGCGACAUCUUCUGGUCCUUCAACAAGCAAGCCUGCAAGCGCAUAUACUGAGGCUCGGCUGGCGCUCCAGACACCCAGUGGAAGGGUUAUGAAGACGUUCCCAGUAGAGACGACACUCUUCGAGGUAGCACAUGCGCUGGAGCAGGACGGCUUGAGUGUUAACACGUUUACCACCAACUUCCCCAAGAAGACAUACGACAAGACUGACUUUGGCAUGACGCUCAAGGAGGCUGGCAUGGUACCGAGCGCGGCCUUGAUUGUCGGAUAAGUUUCGAAGGCGGUUGACAGGGACACCGCGAUUCUCUGAGGCUGGCGUAGCGAUGAUUCUGUACAAGAAGGAAUGGGAAGAUGGCGUUGGUGAUGCGAGAUUCAUGGUAGAUACCCUUGGAGAAUGAGGUAUCGAGUAGGUUUGAUCAGAUAGCCUGUA